AAGUGGAUAUCUUACAUUCUUGGGUUGUGACAGCGUUUGUACAGACAGAGCGACAGACUGACUGACUGACGGACUGGGAACGUCUUGACAGAGGGUGAACGGUGAACGGACCGGGGUGUACUCCAUGUGAUUUUAUUCACUGCAGCUGGGCCUGAGCUGAUUUGUCAGCCUUGUGUAGGUUUGGUUUUCAACCCCCAAGUGUCCUCUGGAUAUCAGCUGACCAUGGUGGUCUGAACAGAAGAAACACAGGGAGACAUCGUGGCACAGUGUGUGUUCACUCUAACGCAGCAAGGCUCAACCAAGAGAGGAGCAGAGACGGACCGGAGCAAAGAGAAGAAGCUAAUUUAAACACAAAAUGUCUGAAAACAGAGAACUGGUGGUUUUCUACAUAACGUAUAAACUCACCCAGAAAAACUAUCCUCUCAACUACAUGAGUCUCAAUGAGACUCCAAACAGGACUGAUGGGGGGGAGGCAGGGUUGGGUGAGGAACAGCGGAUAGCGACACACGCCAACGGAACAUUUAACGGCACGAGUCCUGGGACCCCCCCAGCCUCUCCAGUCCGACAGCAACAGUUGCCGUCAACGACGAGCCUGGACGCGGUGAAAGAGGCCCUCCGGGACUCGGCCAACGAGUUUGAACUGCGAUACGCCCGCGCCUUCAGCGAUCUGCACAACCAGCUUCAUAUCACACCGGCCACGGCUUACCAAAGCUUUGAGAACGUGAUGGAUGAAGUGUUCCGGGACGGCGUCAACUGGGGUCGCAUCAUAGGGCUUUUCGCGUUCGGCGGGGCGCUGUGUGUCGAGUGUGUGGAGAAGGAGAUGAGUCCACUGGUGGGCAGAAUCGUAGAGUGGAUGACAGUCUACCUGGACAACCACAUUCAGCCCUGGAUCCAGAGUCAAGGAGGAUGGGAGCGCUUUGCUGAAAUCUUCGGGCAGGACGCAGCGGCAGAGAGCAGGCGGUCUCAGGAGAGUUUCAAAAAGUGGCUGCUGGCGGGGAUGACCCUGGUGACCGGGGUGGUGGUGGGCUCGCUGAUUGCCCAAAAGCGCCUGUGAGAGGAGACAGACGACAAAGCUCCAAGCGCUCUUCUCCCGUGACCCUCUCCACCUGCCUCCUUCACUACCCUCAGCGUACUCACCACAGAAGUUAAAACGAAGGUCCUGUUUUGUCCCGUCAGAACUGCUGGUGAUGUUUACCUUUUUUUUUUUUUUUUUUUCUCCGUCCCACAUCCCACAGUGGACUGAAAACCCUCACAUGUUGUUGGACUUGAGGAAAAAGACCAAGAAGAAGAGUUACUAGUAUUCAUGUUUUCACCUUAUUCCACCCUGAUGAGAAAAGCGUGGUUAAACAGAGACAGGCAUAUUAUCAUUUCAUUCACUCAGCCACGUGUUCUUUCUGUUCCUUUUUCUCCACUUGUUCCUGUAUCGUUUUUCUUUUUGUAUGUAUGUACGUGUUAGUUUUAACAAAUUUUUUUUUUUUUUUUUUUUCAUUUUUCAUCCUUGAAAUAGGCUAAAACUGCUUGACAGUUGACCCAAACCUGUCUGAUAUAAAGAGUUGGUGUGUUGCGCGGCCUGGGCUGCUCUACCUGUCGUGUCCUGAAGCUCGUUUUGUUGCCCUUCUCCACACACAGCUCGUCAGUAGCUUUGUAUGUGCCAUAUGGAGAGUGAAAGCAGGGGUGGAUGGAGCACCUGCCCCUGAACAGCUUCUGUAGUUUCUCAUUUCCUGCCUGCCAUCCUGAUCACCGACACAUACAGUGUAACAUCACGAUCCAUGACUCCACACACUGAUUGUUUUGUCCUGCUCCGUCCUCAGUGCUUACAGGUUUCGUAUGAAAGGUAAAUGAACAGGAGUCGAACAGAUUUUAGUUAACAGAACAUGGGAGUCUUAAACUAAAAACCUAACAGGAAACUAAAUCCUCUGCUUGUUUGUGUUUGUUGGUGCGUUUUCUUUUGGACUUCUCAACCAUUAAAACCCCCACUGCUCCCGCUGCUCUGUGCUUCAUGGUCAUACUUGGCCUUGAUUUGAUCCUGUUUGUGUUUAGUCAGCCCUCUGACUGCCAGACCUCUGUGUGUGUGUGCGUGUGGCAAGUUCUCACAGUCAGUGUAACUGCAGCUCGUACAAGCAGCGCGUCGUGGCUCUGACCCUCCAUGUUCACCACACAGUAGCUAGCGGAUGCAGCAAAUACUGUAGCAACACGCACAAUAGAUAGAGCGGCACCGGUCACGGCCACACUCAGACCACUCUGAAAGAUCUGUCAGCAGCAUGAGAGACUUGGUUGGACAUGUGGAUGUAAAGCUGUCAUGGUUUGGUUACAACUUUACUUUAACCCCCACUCCUCCACUUAGCUUGUACAGACAAUAUGAAAACAAUUCAUAAAUGGUUCACACACUAUAAUGUAAUUGUAAGCUGAUAUAAGGACAUUUUAAAAGUGUUUAUUAAUGUGUUUGUUGGAAAUUCUGGUUCCUGUGAAGCCUCCAUAACUGGUGCAUAAACAUUUAACGAAUGACUGAGUGUGUAGCACAGCUUCAGUAACACAGGAGCAAAUUCUGACUGUGUUCUUAGUGGACCUCAGAAAGUAAAUUCUUUACUCAAGGUCCACGUACUAGCUUUCAGCUGCAGCUCAUGGCCUUCAGCAGCAGGCCAGAUGUGCUCAGUUGUCAUAGGCGAGAAGAAGUAUUUAUAAAGAAAUACAAACUUCAAUAAUUAGUAUAAUAAAUAAUAAAUUCUCCAUGUUUAUUUAAAAUAUAACUCUAAUCCAACCAUUUCAGGGUUUUUUUUAGGAUGAUACUGAGUCAAUGUUUUGGACUUUUUUGGAUAAUAAAUUGUUGAUUAUAAUCUAGAUUGUGUUAGGUUUUUGGUCAUUUUGAUGUAGGUAUACAUAGAGUGGGGAAUUUCCAAGGGUAUAAACUGACAACACUAUCUCUACAUUAGCUCAAACCUUUCUUUCUGUCAGUAUCUAUAUUUAAAUCUCCUGUAUGACACAUCUGCUGUAAGCAGCCACUACUCUGGGCUGGCCAUGUUAUGAGUCAGCAACUGUGAUAUUGUGCAUUGCAAUGUUAGUCAUUCAUUAUCUAUUCAUGCUCCAGUUAUAGAAGCUUCACAGUUCUAAUUUCUAAUCGUUGGAAAAUGUGUAAAUAAACUCUUAAAGUAUCCUGUUUGAUUACAGCUACAUUAUAGAGGAGAAUAACUUAAUUAUCAAGCAUAAAUGGGAAUAAAUCCACUGGUCAAAGCUUCUCAGAUGUGAAGAUUCACAGCUGCUCUUUUAGUUUCUUUCUCUAUGUAAUAAUAAACUGAAUAUCUCUGGGUUUUGACACGUUUUUCAGACUAAAUGAUUAAUUGAUUGAUCACACAAAUAACCAUUAGCUGCAGCCACAGUUGUUUACAUGCACUGCUCCACAGGGUGGGGGGGUUAAAAUAAAGCAUCAGAGUCAUUUUCACUGAUAAUUUUGCAAUAAAAUCCUAAUCAUGUGCUGCGACGUUCAAACAAGACUAUCUUUGCUUGGGUUUUUUUUUUCCCCCCACCGUUUUCUGAUCCGGUAAUCAGUCCGUAUCUUUUAACCAUCAGUCAGAUCACACCAUCACACUUCUGUUUCUUCUCAGCACCAGAGGUAAACUUCACAGUGAUUUGAAGAUUUAUGUAGCAACCAGCAGCAGCCGCUGCCUUUGAGGAGACAAUACAGUUCUGCAUCAGAAGUCAUUCGAGUUAAAUUUGAUAAGAAGUGUGUCGUAACGUGUCUGUUUACCACCUUAAGCAAAUCAGUAACAACUGUCAGUGGCUGUACGAGCGUAAAACCAGAUACCCAAACCUUCACGUCUCAUCUCACACACGCUCACUCCAACUUAUCCACGCACUGCUUUCACAGUCCAACCCCUCCGCUUCUCCGCCUCGUCCUCCCCAGACACCUCAAGUCUGUCAAAUCUCCAUCCUUCUCUCCUCCUCUUUCCCUCUCCAUCCAUCUCCACCUCCUUCCUCUGCGGUCCCCCAGCUGUCACUGCGCCUAGUCACGUGUGUCAGUCACAGCUGGCCCACCUGCUGCUUCACACAAACACACCUCGGCACACACACACACACACACCUGCCAGUCAGACGUAGUCCACAAGAGACUGGGACAAGGAGACCUCGUCUUUGUUUCUAAACAUCAUUCCAUCUUUAAUUUAAAGCUGGAGUUGGAGGAGUGUUUGUCGCCUGGUGUUUCACGCACCGGCAACUGGCAGCUCUCAUACAUUCCAGUACAGUAUAUAUAUAUAUAUAUAUUUUUCUAGUGUGUGCCCCACCAAGAAGCUGCUCAUAGGCUUUUCUCUGCUGUCCAGGCCCUCACUCACACACAUUCCCUUCCUCCACAUCAUGUGAGUGUGAGUGUGUGUUUGUGUGUGUGUGUGAAUGCAUGCGUGUGAAGUUAUGUCUGACAAAAUGUUGCUGAAGGAGGCACAAAUGAAGGAAGUGUGACAGCAUUGGCACGACUCUAUAUAUAUAUAUGUAUGUAUAUAUAUGUAUACACAUAUAUAUAUAUGCUAGUUAUUAUAACUUAUUAGAAUAGUCUGUUAGCUUAGUAACAUAUUUAAGAAAAACAGAACUGAUGGCUUUUAAACAUUAUUUAUAUUUGGUGUAAAAAGCAUAACCGUGCCCCUUCAAAUGGCCUUAAACUCCAUCUUUGCAUUGAUGUGCGUUGUCAUUUGUUGUGUUUUUAGUUUUUGGGAUUAUUGGACUGCUACUAGACAGGAACAUGCAAACAAAGCAAGAGGAUAUUUUCAAAAAGUUUGGUCUAUGGUGCAUUUUUGUUGGUCAUAAGAGUUAUAGAUUCGAAGAUCGCAACCAAUAGUCUGUUUGUAUGUCUUAGAAUGGCAUUGUAAAACUUUAAAUGACAUUGAACCUAAUAAAGCCCAUGUUGGAAGA